AAAAUCUGCACUAUAUAUAAGAAAAUCGCCUACCUUCUCUUCCGCUUCUUUCGUCUUCAACAACUUCUCUAAAAUCUCCGUUACGCUUGCUUCUCUUUCACAAAGCGAUUCGUCAUCUUCAUCCUCUCCAAUUCAAUCCAUUUUGAAUGAUGCCUCCCUGCGCGAGCACCUCCGAUCCAUCAUCGGAUAAGGACUCCGAGCCGUUCGUGGAGACAGAUCCCACCGGCCGUUACGGCCGUUACGACGAGCUCCUAGGCUCAGGCGCCGUCAAAAAAGUCUACAGAGCCUUCGACCAGGAAGAAGGCAUCGAAGUCGCGUGGAACCAAGUCAAGCUCAGGUGCUUCUCCGACGAUCCCGCCAUGACGGAGAGGCUCUACUCGGAGGUGAGGCUGCUCAAGAGCCUCGAGAACAGCAGCAUCAUCGCCCUGUACAAGGUGUGGAGAGACGAGAGGAGCGAUACUCUCAACUUCAUCACCGAGAUUUGCACCUCCGGGAACUUGAGGGAGUAUAGGAAGAAGCAUAGACACGUGUCCAUGAGAGCCUUGAAGAAGUGGUCUAAGCAGAUACUCAAGGGCUUGGUUUAUCUCCACACUCAUGAUCCUUGUAUCAUCCACAGAGAUCUUAACUGCAGCAACGUUUUCGUCAAUGGAAACAUCGGUCAGGUCAAGAUUGGUGAUCUUGGAUUAGCUGCAAUCGUGGGGAAGAACCAUUCAGCACACUCGAUCCUCGGGACACCAGAGUUCAUGGCGCCUGAGCUGUACGAGGAGUAUUACACGGAGAUGGUUGACAUUUACUCGUACGGGAUGUGCGUUUUGGAGCUUGUGUCGCUCGAGAUUCCGUACAGCGAGUGCGAUAGCGUGGCAAAGAUUUACAGAAAGGUGACCAGCGGAGUCAAACCAGAGGCUCUGAACAAAGUGAAGGAUGUGGAAGCUAAGGCCUUUAUUGAGAAGUGCAUCAAUGCGGAACCAAAGGCGAGACCUACUGCAGUUGAGCUUCUUCGUGACCCGUUUUUUGAUGGGAUUGUAGAUGAUGAUGAUGAAAACAAUGAUAAUAAUGGAACUGGUCGUCCUGUUGUUUCUGGAUGAUGGAUGAAUACAAUACGUUUACUAGUUUAUUUGGAUCGUUGAGAAAGUUUUGUAAAUUGUAGUGACAUAUUUGGAACUGGUCCUGUUGUUUUAUGCUCUACCUAACGCAAAACGGCAGUGACAUAUUUUGCAAAACAAAUUGAAAAUUGUUUACGCUUC